CAGGAAGAAAGCCCGGGGUCAUAUUUAGGUUGCCCUGGAAAAACUAAUAGGUUACACUGCUAGCACUAAAUAGGGUGCAAGUUAGAAUAUAAAACCAGUGGUAUCGCGCUAUAGAUCUACCUCCAACCCGUUUGUUCGUCUUCAGCUCCGACUGCGUUAUUUUAAAAAUGACGACUGUGUCGUUUGGUCGGAUGUUUGUGGUCGUUUUAACCUGAUGAACACUGUUGCUAACGUUAGCCUGUUAGCAUUCCCGGUUGUUUUUAAUGCUGCAGCACCGUGACCCUCCCCGGAUUUCUACUGUACCUCAACUGAUUUGACGAUUCUCUAACUUUGAAAAAGCAUUCCCACAGCAUGAUGCUACCACCACCAUAUUUCACAAUUGAGAGGCUGUGUUCAGGGCAAUGUGCAACAUCUUGACUCUGGAUGUUCCUGGUGGGACUGACCGGGGGGAUCGCCUCGGGCAAAAGCGCGGUUUCCUCAAUGCUACGGGAGCUCGGCUGCCCCAUUAUAGAUGCAGACGUGGUGGCCAGGAAAGUGGUGGAGCCGCACACUCCUGCCUACUCCCGGAUCGUCUACCACUUUGGGCACGAGGUUCUGCUGGAGAACGGGCAGAUUGACCGGCAGAAGCUCGGCCAAAUCAUCUUUGCCCACGAAGAGAAGAGGAGGCUGCUAAACUCCAUCACACACCCCGAGAUUCACAAAGCAAUGCUCAAAGAGAUCAUCUUCUACUUCCUGAGAGGUUACCGAUAUGUGGUCUUGGAUGUUCCCCUCCUGUUUGAAACCAGACGCCUCACCAAGUUUUUGAACCACACCGUGGUAGUUUACUGUGACCCUGCGACCCAGCUGCAGCGCCUCAUGCAGAGGGACAACCUGACCCAGGAGCAGGCCGAGCAGCGCGUGGCAGCGCAGAUGCCGCUCAACGAGAAGCGCGGCUUGGCCAACCACGUCAUUGAAAACUCGGGCAGCCGAGAGGACACCCACAGGCAGGUCCUGCGGCUCCACACGAAGCUGGAGGACUCCAUGGACUUCCUCUUAGUGAGGGUGAUCGCCCUAGCUGCCACCGCCGGUCUGAGUGGAAUGCUGCUCUACGCCGCCAAGCUGCUGUUGUCCUAACAGAGGAAACGGAGGAGGAGGAGGAGGAUGAGAAGAACAAGUCUAAAAUGUGAAGCUGCGAUUAGAGUCGAGUGAAGGCAAGUCGAAAGUACUGAUGCGGUUUUCUGUGAAAUUAGCUUCACAGCACCUUCCACUAACAGUGCAGCAGUGUGGCGCUUUAUGUUGACAGUUAACACAGACCUAGAAAAACUCUGACAAAUGGGGCUUAGUGUAAAGAAUGCAGUUUGUUCUGGCUUUUCUCAGCAAGACUAAACAGUGAAGUUGAUGAAGUAGAAUCUCUUAAGCUUAGCAUAAAAACAAUUUUGCUAUGAAUGCAAACCAACCAAAAAGUUUACCCACUUUUUAAAACAUGUUUAAUUAUUCAAAUUGGACGGUGGAUGAUUUUAUCAUCUGACAAUAAAAGUAUCUUUUAAUAGCUGCUACCUUUUAAUCCAGAUUUUAAGUUGUCAUUAAUUUGGCACCAACUCACUUUAUAUUUUUAGCUAAAUGUUGGUGCUAGCCCCAUACCAAAAGAAUGUUUUUAAAGUGGAAAUUAUAUUAAAGAGCAAAGGAACUUCAAGGUGAUGCAUACAGAACAUGCAAUGAUUGUAUAAUGAUGGUAUAUUUGACAGAAUGUAAUUGACAAUCGGUUUUUUUCCUCACUGGGAACAGUAGGAAUUAGCAGAUUUCACAUUUAUCACUGUAUUUUCUUACACUUCAUAUGUUCUCUGUUGAAGUAAAAAUCUGUAAUUUUAUUUUGUUUUUGCACACUUGUAACUAAAAUGUUUGUAACCUAAUAUGUGUAACUUACAUAUAACAGACCACACCACUGUAAAAGUGUCUCAGUGC